AGCCCACAUUUAAACUGCUGCCUGCCUGUGCAGCAGCUGAGGAACUGUGGAUUUCAUAUUAUAGACUAAAACCCCAGUAAAACUGCUCAAAAUCCUUCCUGCAGCUGCCAGGCAACAACGAAAGAGAGUUAAAUCCUAUUCUAUUCCAAUACAAUCGGAGCACUACAUUCUAGCUCCGGCUGCUUUACAUUGCAGCUCAGUGUUAUUACUAGAAAUAUGGAUACUGAGAAGAGAAUACAGCACUGCAUUGUCCGGCCAGGAAAACAGCAGAUGUAAAAAGCUUCAAUGCAUCAACUGUCGGCAAGAGUCAACAGUGCUCCAAAUAGACCGGACAACUACAGCUCUUUUGUUUAAAGAAAGAGAAAGAAAAUGAAAGAAAGGAAAAAUCUCAGAAGACUAGGACCCAUAUGAACAAGGAGGGUAACUCGAAGACAAGCAGACAGAUGGACACUUUGGAUACUGUGAAAAGCAAUCGCAGGAGGCAGACUAUUGGGGGAUGUGCGCAUGUUCGAUAGCAUCUUUUUUGCUGAAGUGAUGGCGUGCCAAAAGUAUUUUCAGUGGGCAUAAUCCUCUCCACAUAAAUGGCCUGACCAAGGAAGAAUGACUGCAUGGGAGACAACGUGACCGAAUUAAAAAAUGAUUACCAAAGAAAAGUAUUGAUUCAGGAGAAGGAAACAACAUUUUCAGCCUCCAGUAUCUCAUAUCCCAUUACUGGAUAUUUACAACAUGCUUCAGUGGAGGAGAAGACACUGCUGCUUUGCAAAGAUGAGCUGGAAUGCCAAGAGGUCUCUGUUCCGUACCCAUCUUAUUGGUGUACUUUCUCUAGUGUUUAUUUUUGCUAUGUUUUUGUUUUUCAAUCAUCAUGACUGGCUGCCAGGCAGAGCUGGAUUUAAAGAAAACCCUGUAACAUACACUUUCCGAGGAUUUCGUUCUACAAAAAGUGAGACAAACCACAGCUCCCUCCGGAACAUUUGGAAAGAAACAGUCCCUCAAACUCUGAGGCCUCAAACAGCAACUAACUCCAAUAACACAGACCUGUCGCCACAGGGAGUUACAGGGCUAGAGAAUACACUUAGUGCCAAUGGAAGUAUUUACAAUGAAAAAGGUAUCGGACAUCCAAAUUCAUACCAUUUCAAAUAUAUUAUCAAUGAACCUGAAAAAUGCCAAGAGAAGAGCCCUUUUUUAAUACUGCUAAUAGCUGCAGAACCUGGACAAAUAGAAGCUAGAAGAGCUAUUCGGCAAACUUGGGGCAAUGAAAGUCUAGCACCUGGUAUCCAAAUCACAAGAAUUUUUUUGCUGGGCGUAAGUAUUAAGUUAAAUGGCUACCUUCAACGUGCAAUACUGGAAGAAAGCAGACAAUAUCAUGAUAUAGUCCAACAGGAAUAUUUAGAUACAUACUACAAUUUGACAAUUAAAACACUAAUGGGCAUGAACUGGGUUGCAACGUACUGUCCACAUAUUCCAUAUGUUAUGAAAACUGACAGUGACAUGUUUGUCAACACUGAAUAUUUAAUACAUAAGUUACUGAAGCCAGACCUGCCUCCCAGACAUAACUACUUCACUGGUUACCUAAUGAGAGGAUACGCACCCAAUCGAAACAAAGAGAGCAAGUGGUACAUGCCACCAGACCUCUACCCAAGUGAACGCUACCCUGUCUUCUGUUCUGGGACUGGUUAUGUUUUUUCUGGAGAUCUGGCAGAGAAGAUCUUUAAAGUUUCUUUAAGUAUCCGUCGUUUGCACUUGGAAGAUGUAUAUGUAGGGAUCUGUCUUGCCAAGUUGAGAAUUGAUCCUGUGCCCCCUCCCAACGAGUUUGUGUUCAAUCACUGGCGAGUUUCUUAUUCAAGCUGUAAAUACAGCCACCUAAUUACCUCUCAUCAGUUCCAGCCUAGUGAACUGAUAAAAUACUGGAACCAUUUACAACAAAAUAAGCACAACGCUUGUGCCAACGCAGCAAAAGAAAAGGCAGGCAGGUAUCGCCAUCGUAAAUUACACUAGAAAAGACAAUUUUUUUUUUCAAAUGUGCAAUCUGUAAAAUAUUGCUAAAAGCAUGUAUAGUUAAAACUGAUUACAUCCAUAGGACAAGUUUUAGUUAAAUUCAUCACAUACAGAAAUUCAAAAAAUAUUUUUUUAAUUUCUGAAAGUAAUUCUUAAAAAUACCAUUAUAUAACAAAAAAGGUAUCCCAAAAGAAACUAUUAAAAAAAAAAACUGUAUAAGGGGAUUCUGUGUAUUAACAUGCAAUAAAAAGCAUGCACACAUCAAUGGUUCAAGGCUUACGUUAAGGGCCAAUAAGAUGUAUUUGCAUAUAUUUUCCACAUAAAUUUUAAUUUAAGAAAUGGAGACAGUCAAAAGACCCUUCUCAUUUUAGAUUCAGUUUUUCAUUUUAACAUAUAAUUAAAUGUAAAUAAAACAUUAUUGUCAAUCUUAAGGAAAAUUUGUAAUUGUGCAAAGGACAAAUUUUCUGACCUGACUAUUCUAGGGUUCUAAAACUAUAUUCCAUGCAAUAAGAUUUAGUUGAAUUACUCCAUAAACACAUUUAUAAAGUUCAGAUGUUUCAUCAAUGCAAUUCUCAUCUAAGUAUUUACCUUUUAAUAACAAUUGAGAUACUCAUUUUCUUUUAUUAAUACAUAUAUUGGGGGAAAAUUAUUUUGACAUGUGAUAAAAUGUGAAAAAUCAAUGUGUCUCAGGCUCAAGUUUUUAUAAGAAAAAAAAGUAAAUGUUUCAAAAUAGUUUGUUUCCUUGUUGGUGUUAAGGGCCAAGCUAGUAUUUAAAUGAGUUAUUCUAUUAGAUCAGUUAUUGCACUCUUAAGGAGUACUACCACUUAACUUCAAGGAUAUCUGUAAAAAUACAACAGGUUCCUCCAACUGAAGCAAAAGUAAUUACAGGCACAAAGAGAAUGUACUGUUGAAAAAAGAUACAGGAUAAAGAGUGCAGCAGCAGUUUCAUUCAAUACAUUUUUAAGAUGCAUGUCUGCCAAACUGCAACAUAUGGGAAGUUUAUUUCCUGACAGCAGGUGUACACAUACCAAUACUUAAUCAUUUUAUGGCACCUACUUCUUUCUCUGAGUGCCAAGUUUACAAACCUGCAGUUUUUAAUUUGGUAGACGACAACUAUUCCAUGUCACCAAUUUAAAACCUUUUUUGGGAGGGAUGGGGGAAAACUACAAAUGUUUGAUGAACACUUGAUUCUAGGAUGACAAUGUAUACAACGCACUUUUACCAAGUUUUUAAUAAAAAAAAAGUAAACAAAAAAAUCUUUACUGAGUGUUACAGUACAAAUAUUUUCACAGUAAUUCUGUUUGGUUCCAUUACAAAGUUUAAAAUCAAGAAAUAGUAACCCACUAAGUUUGAAAGUGUUUUUAAUUCAUAAAAGUAUGUAAAAUUUAACGAUCUAAAUCUAAUGAAGAAGUUACUUAUCCUAAUUGUAAUGACAAUCAUUUUUAUCCUUGAUUCUAUUCUGAAGAGAUACUGUACCAAAACAGAACUGUAAUAAUUGUUAAAGUUCAGAAUCACAGAAA